AUGUCGUUCUCACGAAAUAGAACCAAUUUCAACCUGCUUGAUGAUGUGGACGACGAGGACAGACUCCCUGGCGAGGACGACAAAAGUGUUUUAUUUCAAACAACAGGAACAAAUCUUCGGAAUGCACGGCGACUAGUUGGCAGCCAAAUCGUGAACCAACAUUUAAUACAAGAACGAAGAAACAAAGCUCUAGAAGCAUUGUUAGCGGUACGAAAGGAGGGUGAUAAAACAAAAGGGCUUACACUGCUCAAUAGCCUAACCAGCAGUCCAGUUACAGACAUUGUUCCUGCAAGUGCAGCGUCUCAAACUGUGGAAAAGUCUGAGGUUCUCCCUCCGGUAGCAGAAGAGGCAUUGGCCGAAGCUGACAGCCCAAAUGCGAAGAAUCAAGUGCCGGUCAGAGGACGGAAAUGGUAUGGAAAAUCUCGGGCACGACCUACUACUAUGGCCGAUUUCAAACGCUUUAUGCCCCUUCAACUUGAGCAUCCUCCGCAUCCAGAAGGAGAUCGCAGUAAUGCAUGGUUUAAGGACGAGUAUGCCAAUUUGUUCAUAGCGAUUGUCCAGUUUGCUACGAAGUUUUUUGGGUUUCAAGAAUUACAGGAAGGGUUUCACGAGCCGUGGGCUGUUAAGAUGCCAGAGGAGUUUUACAGAUAUGUGGAACUUGUUGCUGAGCCAGAUACAGUAGUUGGGGGAUGGGAUGAGAUAUUGCUCGAUACGAACACAAGAAAGUAUCUCAUUGUCGGUAUCAUUGUAAAGAUAUUAGAGGCCAGGGUCUUUUCGGCGGUUCUAUGGGGAAACACUAAAGAGGGAGAAGAAUUUCUUCAUGGUUUGGAUCGUGCACUUCUCGAUAGUGAAGGCUACAGUCGUCAAGAACUCCGCCGCAGAUCUAUUCGCACUCUCUUGGGCGGAGCAUCUCUAACCCCUAAUUUCCACAGAGAUUGCACAAAAUUGACCGCCCAAGUACUACUCCUCUUCCUGCCUCUCUUCAACUACCUCACGCUUCUUCCUGCCGGUCCCGAAACCGUCACCCCCAAAGCUACAGCCCUAUACCAAUCCCUCCACAACAUAUUCUCCAGCGCCGCUUACCUAUCCAUCUGUAUCCGCAUCUCCCCAACCAUAAUCCACACCGUCUCCCUCAUGCCCGGCACCGCCUACACACCCGACGAACACACCUCCAUUCUCCAAAACUCCUGGACCUUAUCCAAAACCGUCGUUCAAAACAACUGGAACCGAGAUCGCGAAGAAUUGGAAAUCGAACGCGCAAAAGCCGAAGGCUAUGUAAUCGCCUACAGCAAUGCAGGCAAAGCACGCCUUGAAUCAAAUGCCGGCUUACGUGCUCUUCGUCGUCUUCAAGAUGUGCAGAAGAAAUUAGCAGACCAAAAACCUCCCGGUUUUACGCACGAGGCAGGUGUGAAAAUUGCAAUAUGGCCCGUCACGAAGAGAUACUGGGCGGGAAAUUCAAAGCCGGGUGGUGAUAUGGAUGGCCAGAGUGUGUUUAAUGUCACGACUGCGGGAGCGGUAUUUUACUACAAAGAAAAAGGAAAACUCGUCGAACCACUUCUUGAUUUCGUGGCAGAGAAAGAAAAGAAAUUGGGUAGGGAACUUAAGAGAGUUAAGGAUCUUUUGACGAUUUUGGGCUUUUUAUCUCUAGGUACAUUUUUGGUUCUCUUGUAUGUGGUUGGAUGGGCAGCGUUGGUCGCUUGGCUUACAAGUUCCAUCGCUGCGAUCACGGACUCGUUGAGAGAGUCGGUGAUAAGGGGAAGAGAGACGGCUUCUAGUGCUUAUGAAUAUACGGGAUCGUCUGGCUAUAACCGGUUCGGGAAAAGAAGAGAACAACCGAUUCCUGAUUAUCCAACCGCUUAUUCAGAUGCGAAGGAAGGUAUCAAAGAGGGUUUUCAAAAGGGGGCUUCGAUGGCGGAGGAUCUAGCUGGUGAUACAUAUGAAAGAUUGUCAGCCAAAGCUAAAGAAAGCUAUGAUGAGUAUGAGACGCGGAAAUCACAAGCGGAAGAGGCGAUUGAGAAUGCAGCUUCCAAGGCCAAGAGCGCAGGGAGAGUAUACGAGAAAGCGACAGAGAAAGUGAGAGAUGCGGCUGAAAGUUCCGGCGCGAAAAUCGCAUCAAAAGCCAAAAACGCAGCGGGAAGCGCGAAAGUGAAAUUAGCAUCGAGGGUUAAAAGCGCGGGAGCUCCUGCAGAGAAAAUCACGGCAAAGGCGAAGAGCGCGGCGAAAAUUACGGCGGAGAGGGUCACGUCGCGGGUUCGAUAUGCGGCGGCGGGUGGUGGUGCCCAGGGAAGAGCGUCGAGGGUACCGGUGAAUCGGGGAGCGGGAGCGAGGGCAACGGCUCAGGUGGCGAAGAAACGGACGAAGGGGGAGGCGUAUACGAGAGAGGGGAUGGGGAAUUAG